AUGUUUGAAGGAUCAGAGCCUGGUUGUGGAGCAGGAAAGGGUGGUGGUGCUGGCGGUUCUAUUCGCGAAGCCGGUGGUUCACUAGGCAAAAGAGAAGCUACUUUAGAAGAUGAGUACUUCCGACGUUUGGAUAAACAAAACAUUGAAGCAUUGAAGGAGAAACUCAAUAAGGAAUCUGUUGGUGAGAAACAAUCUUCGAAAUCCAAUAGUUAACGAAUGGAUGAUUAUCGCGUUAUUCCUUAUCAUUUAAUUUCAUUCAUUAAUGGCUAGUUUAUAUUCUGGAAACAAAUAUAUUCUCUCAUAACUUACGACAA